AGACAAAUAGUGAAGUGUAAUUUUUUCCUAUAUAAUAUACCUUGUUUUCUCCGUCUUUCUUGGAGAAAAACCAUUGCAUGUUGUUUACCAACGUAACAACUUUACCCACCACACUCUUUUUCAGUUUUAAUUAUUACUAUUCUCUCUAUUUUAAAUCUUGUUAAUUCUUUAAUUUAUAAUCAAUUCAUUUCAAUUAUCAACUAUGUUCAUAACCCUUUUCUUCAUUCCCCUUUUUUCAUUUGAGUUUGAGCUCUUCAAUGGCGUUUCCUGCUUCAAUCUCGCUUCCCUCUGAUCCCUUCGCUUCAAAGCUUCUUCCUUUAUCAAGGAUCUCUGUUCCUGCGCAAAUUACAGUAAAAAUUGAGCUAACCCAGUUGAUAUCAUUAAGAAGAAGUAAGUGUUCUAGUUUAAAGGCUUCGAUGGGGUCUCCGGGAUUUACCCAGCAACUCAAUGACAAAAAGUUAGAGACUUUAGCUGAAGUUAAAGACGGUCGUGAUGAUAUAUUUAAUGAUCUGAAGGAUAGAUUUUUGAGUUUUAAGAAGAAUGUAUACAUGAAAAACGCCGAACAGUUUGAAAGUCUCGCCAAGGUUCAAGUUCCAAAGUUCAUGGUUAUUGCCUGUGCAGAUUCCAGGGUAUGUCCCUCCAGUAUUUUGGGAUUUCAACCCGGAGAAGCAUUCACAAUCCGUAAUAUUGCUAAUUUGGUUCCUACCUUCGAGACUGGACCCACAGAAGUAAACGCUGCAUUAGAAUUUGCGGUAAACACCCUUCUGGUUGAGAACAUCUUAGUAAUUGGCCACAGCUGCUGCGGGGGUAUACGCGCCCUUAUGGGCAUGGAAGAUGAUGGCACUACAGGCUUUAUAAAAAGUUGGGUUGUUAAUGCAAAGAACGCGAAAGUAAAAACCAAGGCUGUUACUUCCAACCUCGAUUUUGAUGACCAGUGCAAACAUUGUGAGAAGGUAUCAAUUAACCAUACCUUGGUAAACCUACUUAGUUACCCUUGGAUUAAAGAAAAGGUGGAGAAAGAAGAACUCUCUAUCCAUGGUGGUUACUAUGACUUUACUGACUGUUCAUUUGAGAAAUGGACAUUGGACUAUCGGGGAACCAAACUUGAGGAAAACGGAAGAAUUGCUACAAAAGAUAAAGUAUUUUGGUCCUGAGUUUUUACUUCUGUUUUUCUGAUUGAUGUACCAGUUUGCGUGUCUAAAAUUCAUACCUAUAGGAUUUCAAAAGCAUAGAUUGAAUAAUAUAUUUUGUAUAAUUCAUAAAAGAUUGUAACUUAAGCUAUUUGAUUAAACCCCACCCGUUUGGCAUGUCUGUUUAUUUUUGGUUUCUGAAACAUUUCAAGUUAUAAUGUACUACAGGUAUUUUAGCCAGUAAUGAAAUUUCUUUUCGUCA